GCGCGCGGGGCGCACGGGCACGCGCAGGGAAAGGAGUGGGACUGGGAGCAGCUGUGGCAAAUGUUCCAACACUGCACUAAUCUCGAAAGAAAGGAGAAACUUUGGCAGAAGGAACGGCCCUAACGCGUUCUCCGGUUGGAAAUGAAGACAGAGAGGAGUGUCGGAUACUAGAAGGCAACUGCGGACCGUGUCAGAUAACAGCUCGGGGCCUUUUUUGGAACUCUUUGGAAACAAAAUAACAGCCCACAAAAAAGCCUGGCGCACACACUCACAAUAAAACCACACAUUCCCGUCAAGUGGACUGCUAGCAAGAAGUGGCGUUGCGGCAACACGGGGACUGAUUCCUCUCUUUAUUCUGGCGUUUUUAUUCCACGCUGUUUCAUAUUCUCCUCAUAUUCCCCGUCUAAACUCGAAACUCAGGAAACAAUGAAGACAUAACUCAUCCAGUGUACCGUCAGCUAGCUUUGGCUAGCUAGCUAGCUAUCGUGUGCGGACUAGCCAGUGCUAGCUAGCUAACGGGAGGCGGUGCGGUGUUUACCGAGAAAGUUUUGUGUGACGCUUUAGAGACUAGAAGGACGUUUUGAAUAAGAGGGGAAAAGAAGGAGCAGGCUCUCCUAUUGUGUCGCAUUUUGAUGGACGCCGAGGUGCGGAACGAAGGCAGGAGCACAGUGGCAUCAGACGGUCGAGGCCCCGAAUCGACCCAGUUUCCGUUUUAUGCCAAACCGACUCGAGUGCGGGUGACCGAGCCGUGCCAAGCCGCUGCGCCGAGCUACCGACCGCCGUCCGCCCCGUCCCCUGACGGCCUGAGCAGCGCAAUGAUCUACCCCGUGCAAGGAGAAGAGGUCAGUCGAGCCGGGUCAAGCUCAGGACAAGGGGGAGGCUGCUAUUCCCCGGGCUCAGAGGGACCCGAGAGCCGCACGUCUCCCAGCUCGGCGGCUCCGGACGGGCCUUCAGGUUUCCCGCCGCUUCCGCCUCCGCCGCUGAUUCCCGGUUCCGGAAUGCACGGCAGUGUGGACGAGGGCGACCAACAGGACGGAGCGGAGUACGAGGAAGAGGAGGCAGUGUUUUCCCUCUCCGCACCACCCUCUAACCAAUGGUACCAUGGGAAGCUGGACCGGAACAUUGCAGAGGAGCGGCUGCGCAAAGCCAAGACACCGGGCAGCUACCUGAUCAGGGAGAGUGACCGGAGGCCUGGCUCUUUUGUGCUCUCCUUCCUCAGCAAGACCAAUGUUGUCAACCAUUUCAGGAUCAUUGCCAUGUGUGGGGAUUAUUACAUUGGUGGGAGACGGUUCUCAUCCCUUUCAGACCUCAUUGGUUAUUACAGCUACGUGUCUUGCCUACUGAAAGGUGAAAAGCUGCUAUCACCAGUGGCUCCACCAGAGCCUGUAGAGGACAGGAGAAGAGUGAGAGCCAUCCUUCCAUACACCAAAGUGCCAGAAACAGAUGAAAUCAGUUUCCUCAAAGGAGACAUGUUUAUUGUUCACAAUGAACAUGAAGAUGGCUGGAUGUGGGUGACCAAUGUCCGAACGGAGGAACAGGGCCUUAUAGUGAACGAUCUGGUAGAGGAGGUGGGACGAGAGGUGGAUCCCCAUGAGGGCAAAAUCUGGUACCAUGGGAAAAUCAGCAAACAAGAAGCAUACAAUCUGUUGAUGACAGGAGGCCAGGUGUGCAGCUUUCUGGUGCGGCCAUCAGACAGCACACCGGGAGACUACUCACUCUUCUUCCGCACUAAUGAAAACAUCCGAAGGUUUAAGAUCUGCCCCACCCCCAACAACCAGUACAUGAUGGGUGGCAGGUAUUACAACAGUGUUGAUGAUAUCCUCGAACAUUAUAGAAAAGAGCAGAUUGUGGAAGGCUAUAACCUGAAAGAUCCUGUUCCAAAUCAGCAACAGGAACAAGUUCUCUGCAAUGCCGUCGAUGAGAAUCGAGAAAUUUACAAAACUAUUCGAAGAAAAACAAAAGAUGCGUUCUACAAAAACAUUGUCAAGAAAGGAUACCUCCUGAUUAACAAAGGCAAAGGAAAGCGCUGGAAGAAUCUGUACUUCAUUCUGGAGGGCAAUGAUGCUCAACUCAUCUACUUCGAGAGCGAGAAACGAGCCACCAAACCCAAAGGGCUGAUCGACCUCAGUGUGUCUUCAGUGUACUGUGUGCAUGACAGUCUGUUUGGCAGGCCAAACUGUUUCCAGAUAGUGAUUCAGCACUUUAGUGAAGAGCAGUGCAUUUUCUACUUUGCGGGAGAGACACCUGAGCAGGCCCAGGACUGGAUGAAAUGCCUACAAACCUUCUGCUUUAAUGUAAGGAAGACUUCACAGAUCACUCCCAGCAAGCGUCUACGUCAGGUGAGCAGCUUAGUUCUUUAUGUGGAAGAGGCCCACAAACUUCCUAUCAAACAUUUCACGAAUCCAUACUGCAACAUCUACUUGAACAGCGUGCAUGUAGCCAGGACUCACCCGAGAGAUGGCCAAAACCCAGUCUUCACAGAGGAGUUCAUCUUUGAUGACUUAUCUUGUGAAAUCAAUCGGUUUGAAAUCAGCCUAAGCAACAAAACUAAGAAGAGCAAAGAAAUUGAUAUUUUGUUCAUGCGUUGCCUUCUCAGCCGGAUGCAGAGGGGCCAGAUGAUUGACGAGUGGUUCCCGUUGAGCUCUCAUGUGCCUCUGAAGGGAAUUGAGCCGGGCUCCUUGCGUGUGCGAGCACGCUAUUCCUUGGAGAGAAUCAUGCCAGAGGAAGAGUAUAAUGAGUUCAAAGAUGUGAUUCUACAAAAAGAUUUCCAUGUGAUCUAUGCGCUGGCUCAUGUGUGUGGGCAGGACCGCACUCUGCUGGCCAGCAUCCUCCUCAGGAUCUUCAGACACGAGAAAGCCGAGGCCCCCCUACUCAGGACUCUAAAUGACAGAGAGAUUAACAUGGAGGAUGAAGCCACCACUCUGUUCCGUGCCACCACACUGGCCAGCACGCUCAUGGAGCAGUACAUGAAGGCUACAGCCACACCCUUCGUCCAUCAUGCCCUCAAAGACACCAUUCUUAAGAUUAUGGAGAGCAAGCAGUCCUGCGAGCUGAACCCAUCUAAACUGGAAAAGAAUGAGGAUGUAAAUCUGAAUCUGAACCAUCUGCUCACCAUCCUCUCUGAGCUGGUUGAGAAGAUCUUCAUGGCUGCAGAGAUCUUGCCACCAACUUUGAGGUUUAUUUACGGGUGCCUGCAGAAGUCUGUGCAGCAGAAAUGGCCCACUAACACUACAAUGCGGACCAGAGUUGUAAGUGGUUUUGUCUUCCUGCGAUUGAUCUGCCCUGCUAUUCUCAACCCCAGGAUGUUCAACAUCAUCUCUGAUCCUCCUUCUUCGACUGCAGGCAGAACACUCACUCUUGUGGCCAAGUCAGUCCAGAAUCUAGCGAAUCUGGUGGAGUUUGGUGCUAAGGAGCCCUACAUGGAAGGAGUGAAUCCGUUUAUCAAGAAUAACAAACAACGCAUGAUCAUGUUUCUGGAUGAGUUGGGGAAUGUCCCCGACUUGCCCGAUGCUCCAGAGCACUUUAGGACUGAUCUGACCCGAGACCUCGCUGCCCUGCAUGAGAUCUGCGCCGUUCACUCGGACGAACUCCGUACCUUGAGCAACGAUAGAGGAGCACAGCAGCACGUGUUGAAAAAGCUGCUGGCCAUCACGGAGCUCCUCCAGCAAAAACAGGUGCACUACGCCAAUUCCUUCAUCAUCAGGUAGUUCCACUUCCCGCUCUCUGUAUGUCACUCCAUCUGUCUCCGUCUCCAUGGAGUAGCCCGUGGGAUCCCAGCAUGCUCCACCUUCAUCACCAUGGCAACCUCUAUCCCUGACUAUUUAGCCACUUCCCUUUCCCUUCCUUUUCUACCAUGCCAAGAUAACUAUGCAACCACAGCAGUGAAAAAAAAAAGCCUGGGACCUGAGUCCCACACUGACAACCUUUAAGCUAUUCCCACAGCAACUUCACGUUUGACUGUGCCCCAUAAUAUGGGUACUUUUUUUUUGUUUGUGUUUGCUUUUUCUUCAACCUAAAUGGGUCCCCAGUUGUGACCCAUAAAGCUCAGCAUUGAACAGCCAUUGCCAAAGCGUUUGUUUGUCUGCUUGAUAAGAAAACUCAACUGACACGAGGCUGCAGCGAUAUCUAUAACUGGAUUAUGAGCUAUAAUGCUUUUUAUACUGUAAUUUGUUACUGAUUUACAAGGUCAUGAAUAUGCAAAAUUGUGCUCAAACUAGUGUUCUUUUUUUUUUUUUUUUUCCAUUUACUUAUGAUUGUGGUGUAGACAGGAUUUGUAAAGAGAGUAUGAUUAUUUUAUAUCAGAACAAUAAAUUCUCUUGCUGGAAUCAUGAGUAUAUAAUUUUGCGUUAUCUCCCCCGCUUCUGUGUUGAUAUAUUUUUGAUUUGGUCCACUCUUCCCUGAGAUUAAUCCUAAUCCUAAACCUUGUCCUCAGGGGAAGGAGAAAUAAGAUGUUUACAGCCAUAAAAUUUACAAUAGUACAGACUGUAUGAGGAAUGCAUGCACUUAUUAAAACUUUAUAAAGUACUGACUGAUUCAGACUGGCGUGUGAAGUGAUUAAAUAGAGCGCAAAGGAACCUUCGUUCCUGACCUAUGUUUAAUGUCUGCUUUAUUGUACAUAAUCUACAUCCGUAAACAAAGAGGUACAAAACUUAUUUUAUUUUCAGUUAAUAGAAUAGCAUAACUACAGCAGGCAAAUAAACGCCUAUGUAUUUACAAAAGAGCAUAAAGUAAUGGACAGAAAG